AUGAUCGAGGCUUCUCUUCAUUGUUUCUCUGUGUGCAGGUCCCGCAGCAUUGUCCAGAUACAUGCCACCAUCAAGUUCGAACCGGCCAAAGUGAACAUCUUCAACAAGGACUGCAAACGGAACGGAAAAGAUGCCACAUGCAUGGCUGCGAUUGCCUGUCUGAACGUAACGACCAAAACACCACACUUUCUGACUCAGGAAGUAGCUCUGAAGUACACCGCUUUUAUCGAUGAGCGGAGAUACGCGGCCAGGGCGAUUUUAGAUGAGACAAAUGACAAACAUCUACACAAAAACAUCUCUGUGCUUUCUGGCAUAGAGCUCUGUGACCAUAUCUAUUUCCACGUGUUUGAAACCACAGACUACAUGCGGCCGGUGGUUUUCACUCUGGAGUAUGGGAUGCUGUAUCCUGAUGAGGGGCCAGUGCUUGAUGAUGGGUGGCCAACUGUAGUAAAGGCAUCUUUAUCCUUCUGGAACGGCUGUGAUGAGGAUGAGCGCUGCAUUCCUGACCUGACCAUUCACAGCACACCAGACAUCCCGGACGCCAAAGAAUACUGCCACAUGGUGUUGCAGACCCCCGAGUCCUUGUGUGGCCACCACGCCAUGGCGCUGGGGUCUGGCCGUGUGAUCCAGAGUGGGAGGCGCAGGCUGGCCGUGGACGCAGUGCUAAGAAACAGAGGAGAGAACGCCUACAGCACACAGCUCAACAUCACCUACUCGCACAACUUGCACUUCGCCAGCCUCACCAUUAAGGACAACUCAGACAUCAAGAUUGAGUGCGGCAACAAAGACAAUGUGAACCACAACAAAGUGUGCAAUGUCAGCCUCCCUUUCUUCAGAUCCCAGGCAGAGGUAGCUUUCCGUCUGGAGUUUGAGUUCAGCAGGUCUGUUUUCCUGGAUCAUGUGCAGAUCGUCCUGUCUGCCAACAGUGAUGGAGAAGAAGAUGCAAUGACCAUCCAUGAUAAUUCAAAUGCUAUUUUUCAUCAAUUAAAGUAUGAAGCGGAGCUUCUGUUUACAAGGGACUCCAGCCUCACUCACUAUGAGAUCAAAGCAAGCAAUUCCCUGGAAAAGCACCACCAUAUCAGCCCCCCUUUCAACUUCACAUUCCAGAUACAAAAUUUAGGCUUUUUCCCUGUGCUAAAUCUGCUAUUGAAUAUCGAAAUCCCUGGAGUUACAAAAAGUGGCAACCGGCUUCUGGAGUUGAUCGAUUUCUACAUUGAUCAGAAAGAAGGCACAUUUUGCACAGCUCCUAAUUCGAUAGCACACAAGCGGACCUACUCAGAAGACCUGUCGCAUUAUCCACAGCUGAAUCACAGUAACGCUGUCACCAUUCCUGUGACGUGCAGAGUGAAUCUUCAACCUUAUAAGCAACUCAACGUUCACAUCAGCGGCGUGCUGAGGACAGAUUCUCUGAAGACAGUUAAAUUUAAAUCACUGGCACUUGUUACUAUCGCCAGUAUAGCGUUGGAGGCGUCCAGUCCAAUGUUCCUACGAGAAGAUAAGUCUGUUCGUCAUAUAAUCCUGGAGAUUACGAAAGAGGACGAUUACGUCAUACCCAUCUGGAUCAUUAUCGGGAGUACGUUAGGGGGGUUGCUGCUUCUAGCUUUACUGAUUCUAGCGCUGUGGAAGCUGGGGUUCUUCCAGAGCGAACGCCACAAGAGGAAAGAGGAGGGGGAGCAGGAGCCGAACGGAAAAGCCUUAGAGGAGAGAUAACGCACACACGCGGCGUGCACGACACCUGAAACUCACUUUCUGUAAAAUAUUGAAGCACUUUUUUUAUGGUAAUGAAAAAGCAGUGUUACAUUGUAUUGUUUAAGGACUACCGUGCUUUAUUUAAAUUGAAAUCUGGAUCGCCAUGUGUGAGUCGGUGACGCUGACUGCACUGGCAUCUCUCUCCGUCCCGCACGAAGACAAAGCCUUUACUAAACAGGAAUCCCGUUUCACAAGGAAACUGGCCCUGAAAAGGAAUGGCUUCAGUUUAUAAUCUUUCUCUUUGUCUUUAAAACUUAACAUAACAUCGCCUCCUACUGGGGUGAGCAGGUAAAACCAUGACCAGCCUGCAGAGUGAAAAAAUAAACCAAGAAAAAAUAGCUUGAUGCCUUCUAUAGCUGGUGCCUUAGCAGUUUAAAUGGCAGGGGUGUUGGCUGAGAAAUCGGUGGUAGUAGUUCAUCUAAACUGAAAGGUGUACAAGUUUAAAAGCGUCACUCCAGAUUGAUAGUUUUGGUUUGUUAACAAAUCCCACAUUUGACCAUAGUGGAAGCUGCACACCAGCUGGGUGAGUGAUACAAAUCCCUGGGCAGAUUUUCAAAUGACUCCAUGAGUUUUGGAGGAGAGUAAAUCUGCAUGAUAACGUCUGUCUUUAAAUUUUUUUUUUUUGCUGCUUUCUUUUUUUUUUUAGGAUGAAUUAUUUAUUACUUUUUUGUUCUGAUUCUUUUUGUUCUGUAAAAAAAAAAAAUAAAAGAAAAAAAGGGAGUACUUGUACCUUGACAAUUGUACAUUUAGAAGCCAGUGUUUUCAUUCUGCCUUUUCAUCCUUGGUACUGCUAUCUAAAACAAACAACAAGCUUAGCAAGUGCGUUUGUUCUCUCAUGUAAAAGAAGGGAAAACAAUGUCUUGCUUUGCUGGGGAACCGGAAUAAAAAAAACAAGAGAUCACCUCCGACAUUAACCUGCUUGGGUGCUGGCGCCCUUUGAGAAUCAGUCACAGUGAAAAGCAUACCCUACACGAGUGUGCUGAUUUACGAAUGAGAAGUGGUCACCAUAAAGAAAGAUGUAAUUUGUUUCCUAAGCUGUUUCCAUCUGUCACGAGGAUCGGUUUGAGAUCAGUUCUGCUCGCUUCAUGGGCAGCAGUCCCAGAUCAAGCUGGCAGAAAUCAAUAUCGUUUUGAUGAUGUGCUGGAAUUUUUAUUUCAUUUUUGACUGAUGUUGAAAAAGCAAGGAGUUACCAGAAACAGGCAAGGGAAGACCAUGUUAAAGUAUCUUAAGUCUUCUGUGUAACAUCCCAUUGCAGAGUCAAACACGAUUAACCUCCGAACUGUAGAAUGCAGACGGUACUGGUGCGAGCCUCCAUUCGAUCUGCUUUCCCAGCGUGAUCUCAUGGUGCAGCUGGAAACGCAGCAGAAUGAUGAUUUAGAGUAAAGAAUUAGAAAGGGUCACGAUUAUUUUGAUUAACCAGCUAACUGAGCUUCAGUCAUACAAGUGAUUUGGCUGGUAUGAAUUACUCAGGUUUCUUCUAACCCUUCUUCAAAAGGCUUUGAUCUC